GCUUCUCAGCUAGCUAGCUACUACUCAACAAUUCCCAAAUUAUUACCAAAUUAAAUUGUGUAUAAUAUUUAAGGAGAUCGAAUUUAAUUAUGUCAGGAGUGUGGGAGUUCAGGAACGGGGUGAUGCACUUGGUAGAAAACCAGGAACAGAGCGGGUCGUCGGGGAGGAAGAUGGCACUGGUGCACCUACCAAGUGGACAGGUGGUGUCGUCGUACAGCUUGCUGGAGCAGAUAUUGAGGGACCUCGGCUGGGAAAGAUAUUAUGGGGGGCACCCUAACCUGUUCCAGUUCCACAAGCACUCUUCCAUUGAUCUCAUCUCUCUGCCUAAAAAUUUCUCCGACUUCAGCUCCAUUUACAUGUACGACAUCGUCCUCAAGAACCCUAAUGUCUUCCACGUCCAAGACAUGUGAUCAUUAACACUAACUGACUACAUCCAUCAUAUCCAUGCAUCAAUCAUCUACUUGGUUUCUGUCUUGUGCAGUUAGUUGCAUGCAUAUCCAUCCUAUAUAUAUGUUUAAUUGUCGGCGUCUGUGUUCUUUUCUAUAUAUGUAUUACGUUUAAUGCAUGUGGUAAUUAGUUGUUUUUAAUUUCUUGUUGUCUAUCAAUGUAAAAUUUUUCUUGGAUAGUACUACUAUAUACGUACGUACUAUGCAAGAAAUGGAUGGUAUUGAAUUAGUAGAGUGUUAAUGAUCACGUGUAUGUGUCAAA